AUGUUAUACACUUUUAAUGGGAUAAUUGAAUGCCAGGAUUGUAUCGGAGCAAUUGACUGUACACAUAUACGUGUCAAAGUUCCAACAGAACUUGCACCUAGAUACCGUGGUAGAAAAGAUUACCCUACACAAAAUGUAUUCGCUGCGUGCACAUUUGACUUGAAAUUUACAUAUGUCUUGGUUGGAUGGGAAGGAACAGCAUCAGACUCAAGAAUAGUAAAGAGUGCUUUGACACGUCGGUAUCCUCUUAAAGUCCCGCAAGGAAAAUAUUAUCUUGCUGAUGCGGGGUUUCCUUUAAAGGCAUGUCUCAUCACACCUUAUAGGGGAGAACGUUACCACUUACAAGAAUAUUCUAGAAAUCCACCUCGAAACCCUCGCGAGUUGUUCAACAAUCGACAUUCAUCGUUAAGAAUGUCUAUUGAAUGUGCAUUUGGAGUGUUGAAGAAGAGAUUUCCAAUUCUGCAAACUUCAACUGAACCCACAUUUGGAAUUAAAACUCAAAAUGAAAUCAUUGUUGCUUGUUGCAUCUUACACAAUUAUUUGAUGACUGAAGACCCUAACCAGAAUCUAAUAGACGAGGUGCGUCACGAGCUCACAAAUGAAAGCGGUUUGCAAGAGGGACAUCAAGCUCAAAGAGAAAACAAUGAUGAUACAGCUAGAGGAGAGCUAGUUAGAGCUGAUGUUACUGGUUCAAUGUGGAUAGCUUACUAA